AUGGGUCAUGAUCCUGGUGGACAAGAUGACAAUACGUUUCGAGCGUUUAUGAACGCACUUUACAAUACCAUCGAUGCACCUGUAACAUAUUUUAGAGAACAGAUAGUUGAGCCGAACCAAAAACAGUACCCAUGGUACCACAAGAGGUAUCGCCGCGUGCCAACCAUCGAUCAAUGCUAUGACGACGAUGUUGUGUGUGACUUUGAAGCGAACGCUCAAUUCAAGCGUGAUAGAGCUGUGGACUCGGAGAUCCUGAGCAUUCUGCGACAACGUUAUGAAGAUUGUAUGGUGUAUGAACGUCCUGACCAUGAAGCUGCCUGUGUACCUUUGUACAAGAAAUACAAGGAUGCUGCAGAGGCUUGGUUCAUUAAAUAUGGGGACCUUGGCGGGUAUGCUGAUGCCCGGAAAGCGUACAUGAAGCAAAAACAUCGCAUGAUAUGGGAAAGGCGUAACGGCAAGCUGUCUACUCUGACAUAA